AUGCAACCAAAUACAGAGAACCGCACAGAGCAGCACGAAGAGAAGCGUGCCUCGCUCGUAAUGUCUGGUAGUAAAAAGUUCACAAACCAUAACGUGGAUGAACAAAAUGUACCAAUCAUGGUUAUAUACAGGAAGAAACAGGUUUGGAAGCAAUAUAUUACAUCCAUGUUUGGUGACGAUACACGGAGUGAAUAUGUACCUUAUGCCGCGAACGAUGGAUACUCCAUUUUACCAGAGGAAAUAGAGAAGGCUCUAGGUAAAGCCAAGACUGGAAAAUCACAUGGACCAGAUAAUAUCCACACAACAUCGACGUUCUCGUUAAAUUUAUGA